CGGCGGAAUCGAGAGAGAGAGUUGCCCUUACAGCAGUCGCUAUGUCCCAGUGUCCGCCUGUUCCGGAGGAGGAGCCGCGUUCCUCGCGGCAGAUGACCAUCAGUGCCUCCACGCAGGAGUUGGCCGAGCUGAUAGACCAGCACCUGGGCGAGCUGCGACCCAAGGAGCCCUCCUGGCGGGUGGCCGACUCCCCCAUUUCCGGCAGGGGCAUUUUCGCGACCCGGGAAAUAGCCCCCGGCGAGGAGCUCUUCCGCGAGCACACCCUGCUGGUGGGUCCGACGGCCCAUCGGUCCACGAACCUGCGCACCUGCACCCUCUGCUACCGCCUCAUUCCGGGCUCCACGGACCCGGAGGCCCUCUGUCCGGCGGGCUGUGGCCUGCCGGUCUGCCCCGACUGCCGGCAAUCCCCGCGCCACGAGCUCGAGUGCAAGCUCUUCCGCAAGUGGCGACCCUUGGAGAGCCAGAGGAUCGAACCGCGCGCCUUGAGGAUUCUCAGCGUGGUGCGGUGCUUCUUCCUGGACGAGGCCGGCAGGAAGCUGCUGUAUGCCAUGCAGGCCAACAUGGAUCGGUACUACAUGCAGGAGGUGCAGCGGGCCGCCGACUGCUUCGAGCACUUCCCGCGGGAGCAGGACAUGCUGGACUACUUCUACCGCACCAUCUGCGCCUUCAACACGAACGCCUUCGAGAGCCGCAGCAGCGUGGAUGGGCACGAGGUGCUGGUGCGGGCCCUCUUCCCGCUGGCCGGCAUCCUGAACCACCAGUGCACCCCGAAUGCGGCGCACCACUUCGAGAACGGGGAGACCAUCGUGGUGUGCGCCACCGAACGGAUUCCGGCUGGCGCCGAGGUCACCAUGUCCUACGCCAAGCUCCUCUGGUCCACGCUGGCCAGGAAGAUCUUCCUCGGGAUGACCAAGCACUUCAUCUGCAAGUGCGUUCGCUGCCAGGAUCCCACGGAGAACGGAACCUACCUGUCGGCGCUCUUCUGCCGGGAACAGGGCUGCCGUGGCCUGGUGAUUCCCGUCCAGACCCGAACCCUGCAGCCCGACUGGAGGUGCAUCACCUGCGAGAACGUGUUCCCGCACGCGAAGAUGGCCAAGUACCAGGACUUCGCACUGAACACCAUCAACAACCGGAUCAACUCGUGCAGCGUCCAGGACAUGAUCCACUUCAUCAACGAGCUGUGUCCGCGCUUCUGCCCCUCCUCCAACUACGUGCUCAUCGAGGCCAAGUUGAACGUCAUCUGGCGGAUGACGCGGUUCGAUCGCGAGGAGUACACGCCGGAGGAGAUGGGCCACAUGGACCGCUACCGCGAGGAGGUCCUGGCCAUUCUCCACAAGCUGGGCGCCGGGGAGUGCACCCUGAAGAAGCUGAUCACCGGGGAGAUUCAGUGAGAUCGAUAUGGAGAUCUCCUCCUGAAAUUGUGAAUAACCUUCUUUUUUUUUUGUGUGUAUGAAUGACUGAGUGUAUUUUUGUGACGGAAUGCGUGCUUUUUGGGGCACCUUUGCUGACCCCCUGUUGCUAUUUUAUUCGUAAUCACUUAAGGAAACCAAUAAACACCGAACUAUGUCUCUUUA